UCCCCUCCUCAAGCUCCGUAUCCACCGAACAAAACGGGGAGCGGCCCCCCGCUCUGUCGCAGGCUUGGAGCGCUCAGCACCUUGCGAACAUGAAGGCCAUCGGGAGCUUCGGCGAUUGGUGGUGGAACCUCCCGUCUCUCCGCCGCCGCCGCAACAACGACGACCACCGGGGCCGCCGCCGUGGUGGUCCCCCGCGGGAGCCGCUCUCGUCCUCCUCCUCGGAGUCCAUCGGCCAGAGCAGCGGCUGGCCCGUCGAGUUCCCCUUCAGGCAGGCGGUCACGGCCGCCUGCCUCACCUUCACCGGAGACACCAUCGCGCAGGUCCGCGACCGCAUCGUCGACCGCCGCCGAGGACGCAGCGCCGACAGCAAGGAACUGAUACCGGAUAUGUUGCUGAACCAUGAUUGGCUUCGUGCACUUCGUAUGGCUUCCUAUGGAUUCCUUCUUUAUGGCCCAGGAUCCGAUGCAUGGUAUCAGUUUCUUGAUCGGUGCAUGCCCAAGCAGACAUUUGUAAAUUUGUCCGCUAAGGUCAUACUGAACCAGAUCGUGCUUGUUCCUUGUGUUAUUGUUAUGGUUUUUGCUUGGAACUACUUAUGGUCAGGGAAAUUGUCAGAGCUGUCAUCUAAAUAUCAGAAUGAUGCCAUUCCUACACUUCUAUACGGGGUUAGGUUUUGGACUCCUGUAUCAGUUGUCAACUUUGGGAUGAUUCCUUUGCAUGCUCGUGUUACCUUCAUGUCCACUUGUUCCAUUUUUUGGAACUUCUAUUUAUCUAAUACUAUGAACAAAUGAAACCGCCGGCUCAUCAGGGUAUGUACGUAUUGACGCAAAAUCUGGGCUUCAGACUUCUGCGUUGAUCAACACGAAUGACUUGGGGAUCUGCUUAACUCCAGUGCAGGCUCCAAAUCAGCUCGCGAAGGUGCAAGACGUGCUAGUUAAUUCGACAUGAAAUUGACAUGGGAAACAUUAAAUUCUUGAGCCGAUAAGCCUUCGAGCUCAUUAACAGGCGUUACUUUUAAUAAACACCACAAUAGUUAGAAUUUUAAUGUAAUCAUGCGGUGUAAAUAAACAGAAGCAUUAAUGGCGUGUGCCAUCAGCUAUACGAGCCGACGGGCUAAGAUGGAUGCAAUAUAGAACAACAGUCAUGAAAA